CGUGCAGAAAACAAGAAAAGAAAUCAAAAAUCUUCAACAAAUCGUUCGGACCGGUUCCGUGUUUUUCUCGCUCCGUAAUUUCAUCGUAAAGUGUGGAAAGACUUAGAAAAUGGUCAAGUUUGUGCUCGUAUCGAUUGUGCUGUGCUGUGCGGCCGUUAGCUUUAGCGCAGCCACGUCCUGCACGAAUCCGGAUGUGAAAACCAACUUUUAUUCUACGACCGACGCGACGAUCGUGAGCCAGAUCGGAUUCGUAACGGAGUUCACGCUCAAGUGCUCCAACGCCGGGGGCGAGAAGCUGCCGCUCUUCGCCGAAGUGCUGGGCAAGCUGGCCCCGGUUGUACGCAUCGGAGAAAACAAAUACCAGGUGAGCUGGAAUGAGGAAAUCAAGAAGGCCGGCAGCGGCAAGUACCAGAUUCGCCUGUUCGACGAAGAGUCGUUCGCUGCCGUUCGCAAGGCACAGCGCGCCGGUGAGGAUACGAACUCGGUGAAACCCCUGACCACCGUGACGGUUCACUUCCCGGGUGCCUACAAGGGUCCGUGGAUCAACUCGGAAAUCCUGGCUACCGGUCUGGUUGGCUUCGUGGCGUACGUUGCGUUCGUGACGCGAUCAAAGCUUGUGGCAUAAGCAGCCAAUGUACUGUGAACACGAAUCAUCGUGCACUCGUUCUACCAGCAAAGCAGUUCACCCUAAUUCCGGUUCUUGGACCACCCCACUCGCACAAUGAAGCCCUCAUCAACACCUCAUCAACCGUACGAGUCAGCAGACAGUUGCUCCAUUUGUUAGAUUUUUUUUGUUCGUUUCGCAAUUAGUUGGCCAUGAGGUCAACGCUAUGCGAUGACGUCGAUGGUUGAAGAUUAAGAAGCAGGAAGAGGCGAAGCAAGCGACGAACGCGUCGGAAGACGUUCGGAAGCGAGGCGUCUCGUCCGUAGGCUGUCACAGAACACUCAAACCAUAGUCCGGGCAGCUCGCGAGAUGUUCUUCUUUCGGAAGACUGAAAUAAACCUCCGACCGGUGGCCAGUCACAAAAGGCCACCGACGGCGUAAACCUGAAGAA